AUGGUUGUCAAUGAGAAAGUAAGAGCGCAGGACACAGAGCUAGGAAGUUCUCGAGACUCGACCGAGGAGCAUGAAGUCUUCAAGAAGACCGAAGAUGGUGUCAGCUUCCGCAAUGUUGGCUGGUUUAAAGCGUGCAUCAUCUUUGUGAAGGUUCUCUUUGCGACGGGAGUCCUAUCACUACCUUCAUCGCUAUACUCUCUCGGUGCAGUGGGCGGCUCUAUCAGCAUCAUCGCUUGGGGCGCAUUCAACACCUACUCUUUCGUGAUUCUAGGGAACUUCCGCAAGAAGCAUCCCCAUUGUCACUCCAUCGCUGACAUGGCAGAGGUUGCCGGUGGCUUCUUUGCGAAAGAGCUCACAGGGCUGCUGUUCCUCAUUGGAUAUGUUCUUGUUACGGGCAGUGGUAUCAUCGGUGUAUCAACAGCCCUGAAUGCCCUGUCUCACCACGCCGCAUGCACUGUCUGGUGGUCUUUCAUUGCUGCCGUGGUAAUUAUCGCGACCGCCUCAGUGCGCAAACUCCAGCACGUGGGCUGGCUCACGUAUGCAGGCUUCAUUUCGAUAUAUGCCGCGGUUUUGAUUGUUGUCAUCGGAGUCACAACACGCGACCGACCUGCCGCCGCACCGCAGGAGGGCCCCUACGACCUUGGCUUCGUAGCCAUCAAUAACCCCGGAUUUGCGGCUGGCAUGGUCGCCUCUAGCACGAUAUUUGUAUCGUCGGCCGGUACCAGUGCCUUCAUACCGGUGAUGUCCGAAAUGCGAAACCCGAAGGAUUACAAAAAGUCGCUAUACCUGUGCAUGGCUUUGGUUACUGCAUCAUACCUUGCCUUCAGUCUGGUCGUCUACCGUUGGUGCGGCCAAUGGGUGGCUAGUCCGUCUUUGGGGAGCGCUGGACAGACGAUCAAGAUGGUAUCUUACGGUGUUGCACUACUAGGACUCGUCGUGAGCGCCACGAUCUAUCUACAUAUUGCGGCCAAAUACGUUUUUGUACGUAUCUUGGGUAAGACUCGCCAUCUGCAAGCCAAUACUGUUGUCCACUGGGCAACCUGGAUGGGCUGCACGAUCAUGCUUGGUGCCAUAUCCUUUAUUCUUGCUGAAGCUAUCCCUAUUUUCAAUUAUCUAAUUGCUUUGGUUGGCUCCGUCUGUUUUGCUCCUCUUGCCAUGUGUCUGCCUGGCUUCUUGUGGCUGCACAGCAAUGGGCAUUACCGCAGAGGUACAUUGGUGCAGAAGGUCAUUUACCUACUGCACUGGGGAAUGGUUUUGCUUGGAAUCUUCUUCCUAGUUGGUGCCACGUACGGUGUUGUUAUUCAGAUCAUCGAUGCCUAUGCGACGGGCGCAAUCGGCUCGGCUUUCAGUUGUAUCGACAACUCAAACUCCUCUUAA